AUGUGCCGCUGUGACCUAUACAUCGAAGCGUACUGCUGCACCCACCUAAUCAGCUGGUAUCAAGUGGUGGUCCCCAUCAACGGCUGCGAAGGCCGCUGCAAGAAGCCCUAUUCCUGGGCGUACCGCAACAAGAAAACCAGAGAGUUCCCGUGCGAACCGUGCGUCCAGGCAGGGGACUGGGUGCUGUAUGCCGGCGCCUGGUGCUCGCGCGACGAGGCCCAACGCUGGAGCCUGCAACAGCCCCCGGCGCAAGUCGCACCCCAGCUGAUGGACGUUUCCUACUUGACCGGAAAUAUCAACCAGCGCGGGAAUCAGCGAGGCGCGGCCAAACGCCGGCGCUCGCAACGGACUCCGCCGCUCGUCGAACCCCAGAUGAUAGACGCUUCCUACUCGACCGGAAACAUCAACCAGCGCGGGGAUCAGCGAGGCGCGGCCAAACGACGGCGCUCGCAACGGACUUACCUGCCCGUCGACCCCCAGAUGGUGGACUAUUCCUACACGGCCGGGAGCCUCAGCCAGCAGGGCGGGCGGAAUUGA